AUGGCAGACACCGAUCCAAAGCUUCAAGAUCAGGUUAUGGCUGGCGAGGAUGAUAAUAAUGAUGAGGAGGAGAUCUCGGCCAUGAAGCGCCGUGUUGCAGAGAUGGAAGAGGAGGCUGCCAAACUUAGAGAAAUGCAGGCAACUCUCGAUCAACAAAGCACUGAUCUUAGAGAAGACAAGGAGGAUAUCGAUAGUCGCAGUAUCUUUGUCGGAAACGUCGAUUACUCUGCUUCUCCAGAAGAUAUUCAAGCUCACUUCCAAAGCUGCGGAUCUAUUAACCGUGUAACUAUCUUGCUUGACAAGUUUACCGGUCAUCCCAAGGGGUAUGCGUAUGUAGAGUUUACUGAGCCAAGUCUUGUUGCACAAGCUUUGGUUCUCAACGAGAGCGUGUUCAAGGGUCGCAACCUCAAGGUUGUCCCCAAGCGUACCAAUGUUCCCGGAAUGCAACGUGGCAGGGGUGGAAGAGGAGGCGGAAGAGGUCGUGGCGGCUUCUUCGGUGGUGGACGUGGUGGCGGUUAUUCUCCUCGUGGAGGUUACCGUGGAGGAUACAGAGGCAACCGUGGCAGAGGUUUCACACCAUAUUAA